CAGAACAGCGCCGGUCGCGGUGGAGGUGCCUCCCACCCAUGCACGCGCGCUUUGUUUUGUUACCUCGCGUACAGACCAGAUUCAAAUUUGUUCGGUUUCUUUCCUUUUUUGCAAAAACAAGCGAACUGUUUGAGCAAUGAAUCUGCUGCCGAAAACCGCCACCGAGUUCGGUACCACUGACUACUGGAACAACUUCUUCAAGAAACGCGGCAAGAAGGCUUUCGAAUGGUACGGCGAGUACCCAGAAUUAUGUGGCCAGCUUCACAAGAGCAUCAAAACAAAGGACGAAAUUUUGAUGGUCGGUUGUGGUAACUCGAAGCUCGGCUUGGACCUGUACGAUGUUGGCUAUCGACAAAUCACAAACAUCGACAUCUCCCAGGUUGUUAUCAAACAGAUGCAGGAGGCCAACAAGCACGAACGGCCGGAAAUGCUCUGGUACCACAUGGAUGCCACGGCCAUGAACUUCAGCGAUGAGAAAUACUCUGUCGUCCUGGACAAGGGUACCCUGGAUGCCCUGUUUACCGAUACCGAUGAGGGGACACUGCAAACAGUUGCGAAAUAUUUCGGGGAAAUUGCGAGGGUUUUACGUGUUGGUGGCCGAUACGUUUGUAUCUCGCUGCUUCAGGAACACAUCUUAAAUGAGCUGGUGCGGUACUUUCCGAGCAAUGAAUUCGUUCUUCGGAUUAGCCGAUGUGCUGAGGCAGAACAGAAAACGGCAGAAAAUAACAGCGACGGAACGUCGAUGCCAGUUUUUGUCGUCGUGGCUACCAAGUUUAAAAAGCUACCGAUGAAGGUUUACGAGCUGUGUUUGGCAGGAGAUCAGGUUCAGCGAGUUCAAAGUUCUCAAGAAAUUGUCCUCUCGGUGGUUGCGGCACAAAAGGCAGCCAUGGUUUGCAAUGGGCUUGCCCGCAGUAGCAUUGCCGGUAUGAACGAAAUAUCACUUGACCUUCACAAACCUGGGGAAGAAACUGCCCGUUACACGAUACACGUGCUGGAUCAUAAACCUGUUCGGGGUAACGGAAAAUACGCGGCCUUUAUUGUGCCACAGGGUCGUGAAACGGAAUGGCUGUUCAGUACACCGCAGGGUCGGCAAAAGCUUCUUUCAUCGGCAGGCCACGAUCGUUUGGCCAUUGUUUCGUUGCAUCGUGGACAAAACUACGUCAGCUGGGACGCGGUUAAGGAUGAAUUGGCCGAGAGUGUUAAAUCAUUGGCGCCGAGUGGACUCCAUGGACAUAUUCCAUACCUAUCGCUGGGAUCGGAAGUCGGGAAGCGGGAAACGAUUUUCCGGGGACGCAGUGAGAUGUCUGGCGAGUACAUUGUGGAGGAAAUCCUCGGUAACGAUAACAAAGUUCUGAGGCGACUAAUUUUCCUGAACAAUCAGUUCGUUAUCCAAUCGGAAGCUGCCAUCAAAUUGGUGAGGAGGAAAGGCAAAGCGAAAGACAAUCCCAAGAAGGUCAUUGAUGCGGGGUACCUGGCUUGCCAACAUCAUCUAUACAUGACGGUGGGGGUUCAGCUUGCCAACGAACUGCGAGGACCUUCUAACCGGGUUAUGGUCGUCGGUCUAGGCGGAGGUGGUUUGUGCACUUUUAUGCACCAGUGUUUGAGACCAAUCAACCUAGUAGCAGUAGAAAUCGAUCCGGAAAUGUUAACGGUAGCAACCAGCUACUUCGGACUGACGCUGGACGAUCGAUUACGGGUAGAAAUCAGCGACGGUAUUGAGUACCUGGCCAAUUGUGUCGAAACAAGUCAACGCUUCCAGUCGAUUCUGUUCGAUGUAGACAGCAAAGAUCCAACGCUGGGCAUGAGUUGUCCUCCGCAAUCGUUCGUCGACAGAAAAGUUCUUCAGAACGUCCGUACUCUACUGGGUAGUGAAGGAAUUUUCAUACUUAAUUUAGUUUGUCGGGAUGACUCUCUCCGAACGAAGGUUUUCGCAGAGAUCAAACAGGUUUUCAAGUACGUCCUCUCGUAUAAGCUGGAAGAAGAUGUGAAUGAAAUAUUUUACUGUACCGAUAAUGACGCCCUGGACAGCGCCGAAAAGUGGCAAAAUGCAAUGAAGUCUUCUGCCGAGCAGAUAAAUUCGUUGGCACGGAAAAACAAACUCAGCCGGGAUGAUCUUGUUGAAUUGGAUGAAUUCGUUGAAGCUUUGAAAAUAUAACUGUUGUUCUAAUGUA